AUGGAGAUGUGGCCAAGAUGGAACCCCAGCUCCCCAGAGGCCUGCAAGGAGGUAGAAACUUUCAGCGGCCCUCAAAGGAACCAACACACAGCUGCUUCCCCCAAAGGCAACUCAGAAACUGGGAGUUGCACGUCAGGAGAAUAUGAUGCUGUUUCCAUCGGUGGGCAAGAAGACCUGCCACCAUUGUCACCCUUGCCUGAAAGAAGCCCUCUGCAGAGUUGUAAAAGAGCCCAACCUACAGAUGAACUCCAGAAUGCAUCUCUUCAGAAGAUGGAGAUGUGGCCAAGAUGGAAACGCAGCUCCCCAGAGGCCUGCAAGGAGGUAGAAACUUGCAGUGGCCCUCAAAGGAACCAACACACAGCUGCUUCCUCCAGUUUGCUCAGAAGUUCCCCAAAGGACUGUGAACCAGGAGAAUGGAGCUUCUGCUUGCCACCCCAGACAACGUUCUCCACAAAAUCCGAACCGGAGACUAUCAGAAGUGCCACACUAGAGAUGUUGACCACUGCUGCAUUGAAGAAGGGGCCAAGGGAAGGGCUGGAAAGGGAAUCCGAAGGCAACUCAGAAACUGGGAGUUGCACGUCAGGAGAAUAUGAUGUUGUUGUCAUCGGUGGGCAAGAAGACCUGCCGGAGUUGUCACCCUUGCCUGGAAGAAGCCCUGUGCAGAGUUGUGAAAGAACCCAAGCUGCAGAUGAACUCCAGAAUGCGUCUCUUCAGAACAUGGAGAUGCGGCCAAGAUGGAACCCCAGCUCCCCAGAGGCCUGCAAGGAGGUAGAAACUUGCUGUGGCCCUCAAAGGAACCAACACACAGCUGCUUCCCCCAAAGGCAACUCAGACUCUGGGAGUUGCACGUCAGGAGAAUAUGAUGUUGUUGUCAUCGGUGGGCAAGAAGACCUGCAGGAGUUGUCACCCUUGGCUGAAAGAAGCCCUUUGCAGAGUUGUGAAAGAGCCCAAGCUGCAGAUGAACUCCAGAAUGCGUCUCUUCAGAACAUGGAGGAGAUGCCAAGAUGGAAACGCAGCUCCCCAGGGGCCUUCAAGGAGGUAGAAACUUGCCGCGGCCCUCAAAGGAACCAACACACAGCUGCUUCCUCCAGUUUGCUCAGAAGUUCCCUAAAGGACUGUGAACCAGGAGAAUGGAGCUUCUGCCUGCCAUCCCAGACAACGUUCUCCUUAAAAGCCGAACCAGAGACUAUCAGAAGUGCCACACUAGAGAUGUUGACCACUGCUCCAUCCAAGAAGGGGCCAAAAAAAGUGCUGGAUAGGGAAUGCAAAGGCAACUCGGAAACUGGGAGUUGCACGUCAGGAGAAUAUGAUGUUGUUGUCAUCGGUGAGCAAGAAGACCUGCAGGAGUUGUCACCCUUGCCUGGAAGAAGCCCUGUGCAGAGUUGUGAAAGAGCCCAAGCUGCAGAUGAACUCCAGAAUGCGUCUCUUCAGAACAUGGAGAUGUGGCCAAGAUGGAACCCCAGCUCCCCAGAGGCCUGCAAGGAGGUAGAAACUUGCAGCGGCCCUCAAAGGAACCAACACACAGCUGCUUCCCCCAAAGGCAACUCAGACUCUGGGAGUAGCACGGCAGGAAACUGCGAUGCCCUUGAUAUCGUUGGGCAAGAAGACCUGCCGGAGUUGUCACCCUUGCCUGAAAGGAGCCCUUUGCAGAGCUGCGAAAGAGCCCAAGCUGCAAAUGAACUCCAGAAUGUCCAUCAGCAGCCCAAAGUGCAGCUGACACUGUCCGGAGAAGCAGGUAACACAUCUCUGCAGAUCUGCAAGAAGGAGAGAGGCAGUGAUGAGCCACAGACUCCGAUGGCAGCAGAACCCCAAAGCCCAGCUUCUCGGGACGAGGGUGUUCCCAGGGAGUGGAAAUCAGAGGAAACAGAGCCGAGGUAUGAGUGCAGCUACUGUCACCUGUUGUUCGAGAACCAAGACCAGCUUGUGAGACACGAGAACGCACACAAGAGGAGGCCCUUUCUGUGCACUCACUGUGGGAAAGGCUUCCCUUCUGAACAUGCCCGGACCGUCCACACGCGAAUCCACACGGGGGAGAAGCCGUUCAAAUGCCCCGACUGCGACUUUCGCUGCAGCGCGAGCUCCAACCUCAACAGGCACAGGAGAACCCACAGCCAGGAGAGUCCCCACCUUUGCGGGCUGUGCGGGCAGAGCUUCUGGUUCAGCCGCAGCCUCGCCAUGCACUGGCAGAUGCACAGCGGGAAGGAGACGUACACCUGCGCCGACUGUGGGCAGAUGUUCCUGCGCAAGAACUUGCUCAUUCUGCACAGGAAGUACAAGCACCAGUCGGGAGCUGUGUGA